GGGGAAAUGAUCCUUGCGCUUAAGGGUUAAGAGGAUCGUUUCCAAGGCUGAGACACAGCUUGAGGUUUUAUAAGCGGCAUAUCUUCAUGAGCGGCGCAGCAGCAACAGCGGAAGCACAUGAAAUGAGAUCUCUGGGAUAACCAUGCGGCCGCAACUAGAGUAACGACGCGGCGCGGUGAGCAGAUGUGCCUCUUACGAACUGCUACAGAAGCUUCAUGAAUCACACAGCAAUUGGCCUUUAAAUCGUAUGGCUUAACUUUUGAUAGCAACCCUUCUACAAGAGUGGAGUGCUUAAUGAAAGUACGCCAAUAAACGUAGUUCCUGCGACGUCUUCCCAGCGAACAUGGGGGCGUUGGAGAUAUUAGAUUACAACAACACUUUAGGAAAGAGAGACAGGGACUAUGAAGUGAAGGAAGCGGCAUGCAUGGGAAUACAAAACGCUAGGCAGCUGCUCCAGUCCCUGACGCAGGUGCGAUCUCCAGUGGUGGACGAAGAAUGCGAUGUCAUGGCUGGCGCUGCCAUAUCCAAGUUUCAGAAGGUGGUGUCACUACUGAGUCGCACUGGUCAUGCACGGUUUCGUAGGAGAACGCGCAACGCUGCUGUUGCCGGUUACGCAGGCGUCUUCUUAGAGAGCUCCAACUUCUUCAGAGAAAAUUCCCAGGAGACGUCGAGGGACAGAAUCGUCUCGUCGGGCCAUGCUAGCCCAUCUCAGUUCACGCCGACGUCCUCGUCCAAGCCUCCUCAGUCACCUGAAUUGCAGGCGAUCAAAUAUAAGGUGUUUCCUCAAAGCUCUCGUUCCGCUGAUGCGACGCCUGCCUCCAGUGACCCUGCUUCAGGAGUCCAUCAUCCAAAGCCACUUCAGAUCCUUCACAGCUCCAUGAUGCAGCAAAGCAUUCCAGAACAUAUACUGCGUCCAGUGGCUAGUGCUGCGUAUCGGCCAACUGCCCUUCCCCCGAAUCCGUUCAACAAACAGGAGGUGGGCAGCAAGGAGGGGGUGAGCGGCCACAGUCCGGACAGUUCGUUGAGCUCAGGACCUCCGCAAUCAACUACAACGGCGUCGUUCCCAACCAUGAGUGUGCAGGAUGCGAGGAUAACGAGCCUGCAGAAUAUGAAAACAGCCGAGCAACCUUCGGCGUUGCCCCCUCGCCCGCAGCCACCAACUCCCAAGAAAAAGUGCUCCGGGAAAUCCGAUGAGAACGGUGCAACUUGCGCAAUCCUUGGCCGCUGCCAUUGUUCAAAACGCAGGAAAUUGCGGUUGAAGAGGACAAUCACGGUUCGAGCAAUCAGCAGCAAGUUGGCUGAUAUACCUUCGGAUGAGUAUUCAUGGCGUAAGUAUGGCCAGAAGCCUAUCAAAGGAUCACCACAUCCGAGAGGAUACUACAAGUGCAGCAGCAUACGAGGCUGUCCAGCGAGAAAACACGUAGAGCGGUCAAUGGAAGACUCAUCUAUGUUGAUUGUGACAUACGAAGGCGAUCAUAACCAUCCGCAAUCGUCAUCUGCUAAUGGCGGAUUAACAGUGCAGUCGCAAUAGACAACACGCACGUACAUUGCCUUCGCAUUAUCGCCUAGUAAUGAGGAAAGCACAAACUCCUCUCAAUGGCUUACGCGUGAGGAUGUCUGCAAGCAUUUCAAGUUUUUGCCCAGUUUGUGCUCCAUGUUUUUUUGUUAGGACAUUACCUAUGGCACAAUGCCCACCGUCCGACGAAGCCCGUGACUUAUGUUCUGUAGCAAUGUUCUCAUGCGUGAUUGGCUAGAGAAGUGUGCUCGACGAGUCAGGAACAUUAACCUCCUAGGUGUGCCCCCAAAGUUGGAAGCGUUCUGCUUAUCAGGGAUCAAGAGGUACGCACAGACGAAGAUAUCUACAGGUGAUGCCUUUUAAUUCUUCGGUGCUCAAUGGCUCCACCUCUGGAGCGGAGAGAGAGAAGAAUGAAUAUGAAUGCAAGUAUCCUUCGCGAUGCGCACUCAACUAUCGGAUAAGCAAUGCAAUCCACAAUGGCUUCCCAUGGAAUCAGGAGAUUGUGAUAUUUACCAAAGCCCUAAAUUGUUACUACCAAGUAUUGUCCCUCCUGGAUGCCAUUAGUUCCUUCCAAUGUAUGCCUGAGCAGCCCUGUAAUUUGGGAUGAAAAUCCUAAAGUCAGUAAUUGCCGGGUUGGCAUUCUGCAGUUUUCGGGAUUGUGCUGCACACGUCCCUGAAGGUCCCCUUGCAUGUGCCUAAUAAUCGUCAAAGCAGCAAAUAGCACCCUUGUGCUAGAGACGCAAGAGUAAUGAUUCUUAGUGAUAACAAACCAUCAAAUGCGGAUGGUCAUGCUUCAUAUUCGAAUAUGAAGUGGGAGGCAAAAAUAGACUCCAGCUUUAUCCAUCGCAUCUGCUGCGGCGCUCACAGUUCUCUCGUUUGUUGAAAAUCUCUUCUGAGUGAGGCCCUUGGAGCAGUGACCACUAGUCUUCUCCGAGAUUCAUGCCUAAACUGGAUACCAAUCCUCAAUCCAGACAGCAGAGAUUAGAGAAUGUUAUCAGGUUUACGGGUCAGAACCUCCCUUCAAGACUUUUAGAAGUAAUCAGUUCGCCUCUCACGCACCUUGAAGUCUGUAGGGUAUCGCUCAGCUAAGCGCGCACAUGCAAAGAGUCUGCGAUUCUCGCGUCGAAACCUAUUCACAUGUCUACUGAUGCCUUCACCCAUCUAAUUCACAGCAUUCAUCUCUUUCUUGCGGA